AUGAACUCCUCAACGAGCCCUUCGUCUGACCACAAAUACAAUUUGCUGGACAACCUCGUGGAAGGCGGCGACGUGAACAUUAACAAUACCUUAGCAUUGCCAAAAAUGCUGGACAAAGAGGCUUCUACGGAUAUUGACCUAGUCCUCCUUAGCAGCAUUGACAGUUAUGACAGUGGUUCAGUUAACUCCAUGGACUGGACGUCGUUGGAGUCGGUGUCCUCACCGGUCGAAAUGCUUCUGUAUGGACCACUGCCAUUGAGGAGCUCAGGCGAACUAAUGGCUCUGAGGUAA